ACACACACACACACACACCGGAACAUCCAGCCGUCUCGCAGCUCGCACCAUGGGCUCCCCGGCGGCCUCAGCUCGGGCUCCCCGGCUCGCUGCGCUCUGUGUCCGGACACUCCCGGAGCUGCGACCCGGCGGCAGGAGGCUGAACGUCCAGGCGGCGACAGACGCGGGGAAGCUGAAGAGCAUCGAUGAGCUGCCGGGACCGAGUCUGUCCACCACCCUGUACUGGCUGUUCGUCAGAGGAUACGCGGACAAGAGUCACCUGCUGCAGGGUCUGCAGAGGAGUCUUUAUGGGCCCAUCUGGCGCUCCAGGUUCGGCCCGUACGACAUCGUUAAUGUGGCGACUCCAGAGCUGAUCGCUCAGGUGAUCCAUCAGGAGGGGCGCUACCCGGUCCGAGCCGAGCUGCCUCACUGGAAGGAGUACCUGGACCUGAGAGGACGGGCCUACGGUCUGCACGUGCACACAGGACCGGCCUGGUACAACAUCCGCAGCGCCCUGAACCCCAAGAUGCUGAAGUUGCGGGAGGUGUCGUCCUACGCUCCGAUCAUCCACCAGGUGGUCGGAGAUCUGCUGCGACGCAUCGAGCUCCUCCGCAGUCGCAGUCGGGACCAGGCCACCGUCUCAGAUGUGGCUGCUGAGCUCUACAAGUUCGGAUUUGAAGGUAUAUCCUCCAUCUUGUUUGAGACCAGGCUGGGCUGCCUGCAGGAGGAGAUUCCCAAAGACACGCUGCGGUUCAUCACCGCCGUCAAUAACAUGCUGACGCUGUCCGAGACCGUGGUCCUCUUCCCCCGCUGGAGCCGCGGCGUCCUCCCCUUGUGGAAUCGCUUCGUUCAGGCCUGGGACGACCUCUACGAUGUGGCCAGGACCCUCAUCGACAGGAGAGUGGCUGAAAUUGAAGCUCAGGUGUGCGGUGGCGAGCCGGCCGAGGGCAUGUACCUGACCUACCUGCUGUCCUCUGACAAGCUGUCCAGAGCCGAGGUCUACAUCAGCAUCACCGAGCUGCUGCUGGGAGGAGUCGACACGACCUCCAACACCUUGUCCUGGGCCUUGUACCAUUUAGCGAAGGACCGCUCGGCUCAGGACCGACUGCACGGCGAGGUGAACUCUGUGUGUCCGGACCGACGGGAGCCGACCACAGACCAGCUGACCAUGAUGCCGUACCUGAAAGCCGUCAUCAAGGAGACGCUACGUCUUUAUCCGGUGGUGCCUGGAAACGGACGAUUCAUUUCGGAGAAUGAGGUGGUUGUGGACAAUUACUGGUUCCCGAAGAAGACUCAGUUCCACCUGUGUCACUACGCAGCCUGUCACGAUGAGACGGAGUUUGUCGACCCGGAGCGCUUCAUCCCGGACCGGUGGCUCCGCGACGUGGCGCCCAGCAGCGGCUACUACCGACACCACCCGUACAGCUUCAUCCCGUUCGGUGUCGGCGUGCGGGGCUGCGUGGGGAAGAGGGUGGCGGAGAUGGAGAUGUACUUCGCUCUGUCCAGGCUGAUGCAGCACUAUGAGGUCCAGCUGGAAGACGAGUCUUCGGUCGUGGAGCCGAAAACUCGAACCCUGCUCAUCCCUGCGAAGCCGAUCAACCUGCGCUUCCUGUCCAGAGCCUGACGAGGGCGCCGCUGAGCGUCAACAGAACGCGUCAUCGCUUCCACUCAACCAACCACAGCCCAGUCUAAUGUUGCUUUUUAAAACCUUUGACAAAAUAUUUUAUCUGCUAACGAUUCAUUUCAGGACCAAAUUCAAAAACUUAGUUACUGUACUUGAGAACAAGGUUCAGGUAUUUGUAUUUAUCUCCCUCUGAACUUUCUCCUUCCAAAACAGGCUCGUUAGUUUAGUUUGAUUCAUUUGAGGAGAAUUAUGGAUUAUUUUUAUUUGGCGUCAUUGAACAGGAUCAGUCUGUCAGUGCAAAGCUAACUGAAGCUAAUGUCAUAUUAAUACAAUUCAAACCAUCCGUCAGAGGGAGAAGUUUACUGUGAUACUUUUACUCCAGUAAAGAAUCAGUCGGGGUGAGAUGUGUGGAAAUGUUCCACCUCUGACUCUCUUCAGUCCUUUAACUGGAGUGUUUAUCUUUGAACUGAAUGAACUCAAUGCUCAGACUUUGCCUUGUGCACGAUCACAUGAUAACAAGAUAUCAUAUAUUAUCACUGCAUGUAUUCGAUACAUCCUUGUGCUGCAAAGCUUUCCAGCUCAGUGAACUUUGUGUUUAUCACAGAUUUCAUUCAUCCAUCUUGUUUGCAAAGAGGCUGAUGAGUCAAAGUUCGACGAGUCAGAUCUGGUUUGACAUUAAAACAAAGGUGUGUUCAGUAGAUGCUCCAUGUUCCUCUCUGGUUUAAUAACUGGUAAGUUUGAGGAUUUAUUUACGGUUUAAUUUGACCCUGUUCCCCCUUUUUUUAUUUUUCAUAUUUAACAGAAACAUUGAGGAAGUGGGAGGAAAGAAAGUCAUUUAACAGCUUUUAUCUGUUUCAUUUUGAUAUAUUUUAAUACAGCUAUAAACCUUUCCGAGCACAAGAUUUAUUUUUUAUACCAAACGUUGAUUUAACGACAACUUUAAAGAGUCGUUAAGAUCAGUUUCUAGUUAUUUAGUUGAACUGUAAUCGCUGUAACGCUCCUGCACAGUUUUCUCUGACGAUGUGCUUACAGAAUAAAAUUCCUUUAUAUGUUUUCUUUCUAACAAUGUGAAUGUUUUUCUCCAUUUGAGAAGCUGCUGUACAAAUAAAUAUGCAUAUAUUUAUGGAUGUA